GUGACAUACCUACACCCUGGGAAUAAGGACUGAGUCAGCUGCUGAGAUUCAACAGAAUGACUACUGAGGUCUCUCUGCAUUCUGGGCUGCUAUGAUCCCUUGGCUAUGGAUGACCAGAACUUGACAUCGACACUCUUUGGAUUUCAUGCAUGUGGAGACAUUCUUACUUUGUGACCUCCACUGAAUUUUGAACAGUGCCCAACCCAAGUUCAAAGGCUGAUGAGAGAGAAAAACUCAGGAGGAGAUUUUACUCUAGGGAAAGUUGUUCAGUGGAUGAGGUCUUGGUGCACGGGGAAAGAUGUCAGGCUCCUCCUGGUUCCUUCUCAGCCUUGUUGCUGUAACUGCUGCUCAGUCCACUAUAGAGGAACAGGCCAAGACAUUUUUGGACAACUUUAAUGAGAAAGCUGAAGACUUAUCUUAUCAAAGUUCACUUGCUUCUUGGAAUUAUAACACCAAUAUUACUGAGGAGAAUGUUCAAAAGAUGAAUGAGGCUGGGGCCCUCUGGUCUGCCUUUUAUGAACAACAGUCCAACCUUGCCAAAGCUUAUCCACUACAAGAAAUUCAGAAUCUCACAGUCAAGCGUCAGUUGCAGGCUCUUCAGCACAGUGGGUCUUCUGUGCUAUCUGCAGAGAAGAACAAUCAGUUGAACACAAUUCUAAAUACAAUGAGCACCAUCUAUAGUACUGGAAAAGUUUGUAACCCCAAUAAUCUACAGGAGUGCUUGCUGCUUGAACCAGGUUUGGAUGACAUAAUGUCAAACAGCAAAGACUACAAUGAGAGGCUCUGGGCUUGGGAAGGCUGGAGGUCCGAGGUCGGCAAGCAGAUGAGGCCACUGUAUGAAGAGUAUGUGGCCCUGAAAAAUGAGAUGGCAAAAGCAAACAAUUAUGAGGACUAUGGGGAUUACUGGAGAGCAGAUUACGAAGCAGAGGGAGCAGAUGGCUACGACUAUAGCCGAGAGCAGUUGAUUGAAGAUGUUGAGCGUACCUUUGCUGAGAUUAAACCAUUGUAUGAACAACUCCAUGCCUAUGUGAGGGCAAAGUUGAUGGAGGCCUACCCUUCCCGUAUCAGUCCAACUGGAUGCCUCCCUGCUCAUUUGCUUGGUGAUAUGUGGGGUAGAUUUUGGACAAAUCUAUACGCCUUGACAAUUCCCUUUCAACAGAAACCAAACAUAGAUGUUACUGAUGCAAUGGGGAACCAGUCCUGGGAUGCAGAGAGAAUAUUCAAGGAGGCUGAGAAGUUCUUUGUGUCUGUUGGUCUUCCUCAUAUGACUCAAGGAUUCUGGCAAAACUCCAUGCUAACUGAGCCAGGAGAUGGCCGGAAAGUGGUGUGUCACCCCACAGCUUGGGACCUGGGGAAGGACGAUUUCAGAAUCAAGAUGUGCACAAAGGUGACAAUGGACCACUUCUUGACAGCCCACCAUGAGAUGGGACACAUCCAGUAUGACAUGGCAUAUGCCAUUCAACCUUUCCUGCUAAGAAAUGGAGCUAAUGAAGGAUUUCAUGAAGCUGUUGGGGAAAUCAUGUCCCUUUCUGCAGCUACACCUAAGCAUCUGAAGUCCAUUGGUCUCCUGCCACCUGAUUUCCAGGAAGAUAGUGAAACAGAAAUAAACUUCCUACUUAAACAAGCACUCACGAUUGUUGGAACUCUGCCCUUCACUUAUAUGUUAGAGAAGUGGAGAUGGAUGGUCUUCAGGGGUGAAAUCCCCAAAGAGCAGUGGAUGAAAAAGUGGUGGGAGAUGAAACGAGAGAUAGUUGGAGUGGUGGAACCUGUGCCUCACGAUGAGACAUACUGUGACCCUGCAUCUCUCUUCCAUGUUUCUAAUGAUUACUCGUUCAUCCGGUAUUACACAAGGACCAUCUACCAGUUCCAGUUUCAGGAAGCCCUUUGUCAAGCAGCUAAACAUGUGGGCCCCCUGCACAAAUGUGAUAUCUCAAAUUCCACAGAAGCUGGACAGAAGUUGCUCAACAUGCUGAGACUUGGAAAAUCAGAGCCUUGGACCUUAGCGUUGGAAAAUGUUGUAGGAGCAAAGAAUAUGGAUGUAAGACCGCUGCUUAACUACUUUGAGCCCUUGUUUACGUGGCUGAAAGACCAGAACAAGAAUGCUUCUGUGGGGUGGAGCACUGAGUGGAGUCCAUAUUCUGGAGAAAGCAUCAAAGUGAGGAUAAGCCUAAAAUCAGCUCUUGGAGAUAAAGCAUACGAAUGGAAUGCUAAUGAAAUGUACUUGUUCCGGUCAUCCGUUGCAUAUGCCAUGAGAGAGUAUUUUUUAAAAGUAAAAAACCAGACGGUUCCUUUCAGGGAGGAGGAUGUAUGGGUGAGCGAUGAGACACCCAGAAUCUCCUUCACCUUCUUUGUCACCGCACCUAAUAAUAUAUCUGACAUCAUUCCUAAAAGUGAAGUUGAAGAUGCUAUCAGGUUGUCCCGGAGUCGUAUCAAUGAUGUUUUCCGCCUGGAUGAUAACAGUCUGGAGUUUCUGGGGAUUUAUCCAACACUUAGCCCUCCUUAUGAGCCACCUGUCACCAUAUGGCUGAUUGUUUUUGGAGUUGUGAUGGGAUUGGUCGUGCUUGGCAUUGUCAUCCUAGUCAUCACUGGGAUCAGAGAUCGAAGGAAGAAAAGUCAAACAAAAAGAGAAGAGAACCCUUACUCUUCUGUGGACAUUGAUAAAGGAGAAAGUAAUACAGGAUUCCAAAACAGUGAGGAUAUUCAGACUUCAUUUUAGAAAAAGCUGUCUUUUUCCUCCUAAGGUGAUUUUAUUAUAAACAAAUGUUAGUUUCAUGGUAUAGAAAAUAUACAAUUAUAAAGAUGUCAUUAAAUAUCAAAACUAUGGCUGUGUUCAGGAGAAGUUGGCCAAAGACGCUAUGACUGAGGAGUGGGCAUCUUUAUUGAUAUUGCUUUCAGUAUUUAUUUCUGCCUCAGAACUUGACUUCUCUUCUGUUUCCUCAUGUUUAUAUUAGAAUAAAAGAGAGGAAGUAUGUCUUUGGCUUCCCAGGCUGUCCAGGGGUAGUGGAAAUGCAAAUGUCUGUUGAGUAACUAGAGUUGGAUUGCAAAAAGGAUAUGUCACUAUGUCAUGGGAGCAAGCGCUGGACCUUUGUAAAAUCCAUGCUGGUAAACUGGUGGGGCUGCAGGGAUUGAGAUGGGACCCACUGUUCACUUUUAUUUAAUCCAAGUGAGAAGGAUGAAGGAUGACAUGCUUUAUUUACAUAAACUUAAUUCAAGCUCUACAGUAAUGUGCCCACAGUGAUAUUUCAAUGGACCAUGCUUCUUCAAGGUGGCAGGGCUAGAGAAGGAAGAAAGGAGAAUCUGGAACACAGAUAGGGGAUGCUGUCUUUUCACUUUCAAGUUUCUUGGCCAACAUGUCUGUGAGAACACAACACUAGCACAAGACCUCCAUAAAACCCCAGAAUAUGCCUGAGAGAAACUUGCUUUCAUUUUUCUUUAACUGUAGAGUGAUUGGAAAUUCCAACCACCUCUGAUGUGAGCACCCAAUCUCUUAAAUUUUUAUAUUUAGCCACGAUGUCUGAUUAGUGCUGAGCACAAAGCAUUUGCUCAAUAAACACUUAUUAGAUGUAGACACCCCUAUGGUAUUCUGCAUAUGUAUGUACUGGGGCUUCUGUCUAUUCUGUCUUCACUUCCAUGGGCAACACUGUCACCUGACUGUCUGCAACCUUUGACCUCCAGAUGACUUAGGAUGAAUUCUAAAUUCCCAAAUUUCUAUAUUAGACCAAGAAAUUGUAAAGCCAGUUAAAAAAGAAUUGUGUUCAGAGUGUAUACACUGCCAAAUUAGGAGCCAAACCUAGUACCUCAGUACUGCUUUUAUAUUUUUCAGAGUGCUUAGCCCAGUUCUGAGUACAGCAUCUACCACAUACUUGGGGACUUAUUAAAACUAGACUAAGUAGAUUAACAUGUCCAAACUUUACCCAUUAAAUCAUACUAUGUUAUGGCCAGAAUAAUGCUAGAGUGACUUUGCACUUAAAUUCAAUGUGAUAAUGGUAAUAGUGAAUCAGUUAGCCAGGUCAGGGGAGAAUGACUUUCAGAAUCCCCUAUAAAAUAGCCUCAAGAUAAUCAAAUGGGACUGGGUCAUUUGAGGCUCUUUUAAUUGUGUGAUUGUAGCAAUGAUAGACUUCUUUUUCUUUGCCUGGGACCCAUGCCCCUCCACUCAAGUUUCCUUAGUACAGCCUGUCUCACCAUCUUGCUAUUCACUGGGCCCAUAGCUUGGAGGAGCAUGCAAUAGCAUUUUCUCCUUAUUUGCAUAGCCGUUUCAUCGACAACAGUGCCCAGUUGUAACACAGAAACUAGGAAAACCUGCUCAUUUCCCUGACUUAAUCUUGUGGGUUUUUCUAACCAGUGCAGUCCUCAUUUUGCCUACCAGGUAGGGCUUGUGGUCCUACACUAGUGCAACAGCAUUCUCUGAGAGGAUGGCAACUCUACAAAGACGGUCCUGUACCCAGGCCAAGGUGAGAGCUGGCAAACUAUGGCCCAUGGGCCAAAUCCUGCUCAUCACCUGUUUUUGUAGACCUGUGAAUUUACACUGAUUUUUGUAAUUUCCAAUGGUUGGGGAAGAAAAUAGAAUGAUAUUGUAGGACAUAUAAAAAUGAUAUGAAAUUCAAAUUUCAGGGCCUAUACGUAAAGUUUUAUUGGAAUCCAACCAUAGCCAUUCAUUUUCAUACUGGCUAGGGCUGCUUUCUUGCUACAAAGUACAGCUGAGUGGUUGAUAGAGCGAUAGUGUGGCCUACAAAACGUCUUUCACAGGCUAAUUUUGCUGAGCCCUGGGCUAUAAGGAAGCAGAGAUGAAAUGAAACCAGAAAUGUGAAAACUUAGAAAUGGGUCCAUGUGGCGCUCAGAGCCCUGAGGAACAUUUAUUUAUGGAAUCUGAAGCUAUUCUCUGAGUGUUUCCUUUCUGAGAAUUUAACUAUCUUUUAUGGGGUCUGGUCUACAUGGGAAGUAAUCAGGCUAGAAAGGGCAGGUGCUGCCUUCUUCAUCCAUGAUGUUCCUCAAUGAAUUAUUCUUCUUCAUCUGAGAGCCAUCCCUUCCCCACUUAGGUAAAGAUGGGGUCUUUGAACCAAUCUCUUCCUUAUACACCCACUCCCAAGUCACAAUAAAAACUGAGAAACCACUUUUUCUAUGUCUAUUGUAUUGCAACCUUUCUUUUUAAUUAACUCAAGUUAAUGUGAUAUGAAUUUUGCUUGACUUUGUGUUUGACUUUUUCCUGUUUGACUUUUGGAUUUCACAUAGUAAAUGCUUUAUCUGAA